AUGAAGAGAAAGCUCGACGCAAACGACGUGCCCUCACCGGAGGCUACCGAGGCGAAAGACCAGAAGAAUGCCGACAGCGCAGAAGACUUUGAGAGCCUCAGUCUCGAUCCUCGACUGCGCCAAGCCCUGGUCAAGGAGAAGUUCAGCAAGCCCACGCCAGUUCAAGCGAAGGCCAUUCCUCUAGCUCUUGAAGGAAAGGAUAUCCUAGCUCGCGCAAAGACCGGCUCCGGCAAGACGGCCGCAUACGUCCUCCCCAUCCUACAAACUAUUCUCCAGAAGAAAACGAUCGACCCCGCCCUGAAGGCGACGACCGGGCUAAUCCUAGUCCCCACACGAGAGCUCGCGGAGCAGGUCCAGAAAGUCAUCACUACAUUUGCUGCAUUCUGCGGAAAGGAUGUUCGCUCCGUCAACCUAACACAGAAAGUCUCGGAUGCGGUUCAACGGUCGAUGCUUGCAGAUUACCCGGAUAUUGUCGUAUCGACACCCGCCCGUGUCAUUGCCAACCUUGGUACCUCGGCCCUGUCUCUGGAGAACCUUACGCAUCUUGUGAUUGAUGAGGCGGACUUGGUGCUUUCAUACGGAUAUGAAGAUGAUAUCAACGCUUUGUCGAAGGCUAUUCCGCGGGGCGUACAGACAUUCCUUAUGAGUGCAACGCUCACUGCGGAGGUGGAUACACUGAAAGGAUUGUUCUGCCGCAACCCUGUCAUCUUGAAGCUGGAGGACAAGGAUGACCAUGGUGCUGGUGUUAACCAGUUCGUUGUUAGAUGCGCGGAGGACGAGAAAUUCCUUCUCACCUAUGUCAUUUUCAAGCUGCAGUUGAUCAAGGGCAAAGUCAUCAUAUUCGUCGGCGACAUUGACCGAAGUUACCGCUUAAAGCUUUUCCUGGAGCAGUUUGGCAUCAAGAGCUGUAUCCUUAACUCCGAGUUACCCGUCAACUCUCGAAUCCACGUCGUCGAAGAGUUCAACAAGGGCGUAUACGAUAUCAUCAUCGCCGCCGACGAGCAAGAAGUCCUCGGCGUCUCAAAAUCAUCGCGGAAAUCCAAAGACGCCACCGAAGCCAACGACAACGACGACGAAGCCCUAAGCGACGAAGACGAAGACGCAACAUCAUCCUCAAAACCCACCACCUCCGACAAACGCCGCAAGCUCACCAUCAAGCAAAAAGACUACGGCAUCUCCCGCGGCAUCGACUUCCAAAACGUCGCGUGCGUCCUGAACUUCGACCUCCCCACCUCCUCGAAAUCCUACACCCACCGCAUCGGCCGCACCGGCCGCGGCGGCAAAACAGGAAUGGCCCUCUCCUUCGUCAUCCCCUCCGACCUCUACGCAAAACACAAACCCACCUCCAUCUCCACCGCAAAACACGACGAGGCCGUCCUGAAGAAAAUCAUCAAGCGCCAGACAAAGCUCGGCCACGAGGUCAAACCCUACCACUUCGACAUGACGCAGGUCGACGCCUUCCGGUACCGAAUGUCCGAUGCCCUGCGCGCCAUCACCCGCCUCGCGAUCCAGGAAGCACGCGCCCGCGAAAUCCGCCAGGAGCUCGUCAAGUCCGAGAAGCUCAAGCGCCAUUUUGAGGAGAACCCCGAGGAGUUACGGCAGCUGCGUCAUGAUGGGGAGCUGCGUGCGGCGCGCAUCCAGCCGCAUCUUAAGCACAUCCCUGAGUAUCUCAUGCCGGCGAAGGGGAAGAAGGGGAUUUCGAAUGAGGAUGUGGGCUUUGUGGCGCUCAGGAAGACGGGGCCUGGGAAUCGGAUUCGGAAGGCGAGAGAUAGGAAUCGGGGGCGCGGGAAGACGGGGAGGAAGGUCGAUCCGUUGAAGACGUUUAAUCGGGGGAGGAAGUAA